CUCUUCAAAUUCUUUUGUGAACACAAGAGACGUUGUUUUGUUUGUGCCGAUCCAUAUUGUAGAUCGUUGCAGUAGUGAAUCAAUUCUGAUCCAGACAAAGUCAUAAAUCGUUCGUUUUCUUCAAGGGGGGUUUUGAUCGUCUAGAAAUGUUGCGUUUGACUGGUGUACUGUUCAUCGCCAUUGGCGCCAUAGAAAAAGCCAGUGUUGAGGGCUUCGGGGUGGUACCGAAACCCUUGACCAAUUCUUGUCGUUUUUCUCAUGGUAAAAUUCAGUCAGUACACUUUGCAAAGUUCAAGCCUUCCGUUCCGGAAUACCUGGUAAAUGAAAACGAUGAAGGGGAGAACAGUGGAGAAGAUGGCUUAAGGAAUGGCGCAGAGCUGGAACAGCAUACUUCAAAAACAUCCGAGCCCUUGAUACUACCGGAACCUCCAGUUGUAGUCGCUGAGACGCCGCAUUCCAUGAAAGGCGAUCUUAAGCCAUCGACGCAAUUCGCGGCACUGGCUCCGGGAACCGUCGUACACAUUCAAGUUGGAGACGUUUCUCUCGCACGCAAGGCUUGGAAAAAACGACGUCGGUCGGGAUCGCCCUUGCUCGUUCCUUGCAGCGUACUGAAUGUUGAUCGAGCCUCUACAAUCCGCUGGAAUCUCAUUUAUAUUCUAGAAAAGUUUGGACGGAGUAAUGCCAGUGGUAUUCGGAUGACCUUGACAGAGCUUUCCUCACGACACCGGACGCAUCUCAAAUCGUCCCUCAGCUCGCACGCAGUGGCGCUGGGAUACGAGACGCCCCGAGAUAUGGUGGAGGCUCUGUUCAAUAAAAAAGCCCAAGACGAGUAUGGUGUCAAACUCUUGGAAGCGAAUCCAGAAGGCAAAAACACCAAUGAAAACGGUCAACAUCUAAUUUUGCAGGCUCCGCUCUCAAGGUUCAAAGCUCAAAAACGUGCAAAUGCGGCACCCAUUUUGCAAUUUUUUUCGCAACAAGGUUCAACUGUUGACACGCUCCAACACACUGGUGUUGUACGAAAUCGACAGAAUGGUGUGGACAUGGAAGCGGGCGAUAAUCUAUAUCGUCUCCAGCCACUUUCCGCUGCUCUUAGAGUCAGCCAAGAAGACGUGGAAGCCGGUACAAUUCACAACGGCAGCUUCCACGCUGCCGUUGUCUUCGACUACGACAUGCACGGUGAUGGAGGUGAACCGCUUCUUACCUUGUCACUCAAUCCAGCCCGCAAUCAAGUCCGGGAUCGUCUUAAAAUUAGUGAUCGCAAGUACACACCGUUGGCUAAUCCAAGAUACAUACUCAAAGAACUUACUAUGGGCGAUGGACCAAUGGAAGGAAAAGUGCUGCGCCUUAUAAAAGGAGGCGCCUUGGUUGACUGCGGUGUCGGACGCAGAGUGAACAAUGCUCCGUAUGAAACAGUCCGUGUCUUGGGUUACUUGCGUUACAAGGAUGCAACCCCGUCGAGUGUCGGUCAAUCAAGAAUAUCUGGUACGGUAGAAGUUUACAAUAGCAACCACGAUGGUGAUAUGGACUCAUUAGAUAGUGCUGAUGAUUUGGACGAUGACGAAUGGGAGGAGAUUCUCUCUAUAGACCACUUGGAUGCCGAUAUUGACGAAGAUCAAGAGGGCGAUCAGGUCGAUGAUGUGACAAUUCCUGAAGGCAUUUUCGAUGAUGCAGAGGAUGACGAGUUUACGAACUCUGAAGAUAUUACGCAUAUGUUUCACCAAAACGAGGACGGUUCACUAACGUAUAGAGAUCCGGAAUCGGGAGAGACUCAGAUAAUUGAAUUGAGCAGCGGUAACGACGAGGUCGAGUACAACGAUGAGACAAGUCAGGACGAUGAGGAGGAUCAACCCGUCGUUUUUGCAAAACCAGGGGCUAGGUCUUUUGGUGGACGAAUGAUACCGGAGGGACUUUGGAACACCACACCCUCCAGACUAAAGAAGUUGCACGUCGGCGAUCGCAUUGAUCUAUACGUAAAGUCUGUGUCCAAGCAGUCGAAUCGUCUUAUGCUGACUAUGAACGCUGACAUCAAAGGCAAGAAUGCCAAGCAAGUGAAGCAUGAGACGGAAUUCAAUAAAAAGCUCUCUCGUUUAAUUUCGCAGAUUGGAGGCCUGCAGAAAGUUGGAGCUUUAUCAGGCAAAGAAAUGGAUGGUGUUGUCAGGGCGUUGUCCAAGACUGGUGACUGGAUUUAUGUGGAACCCAGUGACGACAGUUUGCCGGUGGGGGUUGCCUUUGCUCCAAAAGCGCUUCUUGCUGACAUUGCUCAAGGAGACUCUGUAAGGAUACAGGUUGAAGGAGUAGAUGAGGAUAGAGUUUUACCUUCGCGCCUCUCGAACGUGUACACGUACGCAGGCAUAGCGUGGGCCGAGACGAUUGAUCUCUGA